ACAUUCGAGGUGGCAACAUUAGGCAAUAGAAACCAACGCUGAAUUUUUUCCUGAACUUUAUUUGCUUGCUCUCAAAACUCAAAGUAAAAUAUUCCCGUUAAAGUAAAAACUUUAAAUAUCCAGCUUCUUGGCAUAUUGUUGAAGGUAACAAUUUUCCCAACAGAAGUGAAUCAACUUCAAGAAAAUCGAACUAAUAUUCAAGUGAAAAGCAAUUCAACAACAUCAAAAGUUCCAACGAAUUCCUUCAACACAGAAAAGAAACAAACAGGACUUCGCCUGCCACAGUACCGCCCCGCCAAAUUAUUGCCGUCAGUAAGUGGUGGAGGUACAGUUUUAUACACUGGUAUCACUGUUUCCCCGACAUUUUCCGGAGAAUUCUACACAAAUAAGGCUUUAAGAAAAACGAGAGCAAACGUACUCGGCCUCACUACCACCCCGGCGCGGCACCAUGGGUGAAAUUAAAUCGGUAAAAGUGGACAACUGGGGGGUGUUCUUCCUCCAAAAGUUGCAAAAUUUCUUCAAUAAAACAGACUACUGUGAUUUAACAUUACAAUUCCGAGAUAACUCACAGCUAAAAGUGCACCGUUUGGUGUUAAGUGCAUGUACAGAUUACUUCAAUGUUUUGGAGCAGACCUGUGAGGUAGUGGACGAUGCUAUCAUUAUGCCAAAUGGAUUGCAAGCGGAUGUGGUGGUCCCGAUUGUUAACUUCAUGUACACGGGAACCCUGGAAUUCGAGUUGAAAAUGUACAAUCGCCUUCUGCGCACCGCCAAGGACAUGAAUAUGACUGUGUUGCUCAAGUUGCUGGAAGCACACCGACGAACGAUGGAAAUGCAUCCGCAAAAAAAUCAAGCUCCUUCCAGCCCUAAAACAAAGCGUAAAAUAAUUCCAUCAUAUGCCGCAGGCUCCGGUACUCAGACUAAUAUUGGUGGGCGGUCUUUGGUGCAACCCGCGGCAAAACGUAUUGUAGUUAGCGGCAACAAUCCCCAACAACUGCAUCGAAUUGGAGUUCCCUCAAAUACCUAUAUGCGUUCAGCCACUGGCAAUACAGUGUCUGCGCCUGUACCCGUGAAGCAACAAAUUGGCUCUACCACAUUUACUCGUAUAAAACAAGAAGUGGAACACGAAAGCGGUUAUACAUUACCCAAAAAGUUGGGGACUCAGCAGUCAACGCCUUCUUCGCCUUUCGAACAGCUUAGGAAAGGAUAUACAAAUAAUAAUAAACGACCACCCACUGCAACUUUUGUAUCGCCCCCAGCUAAGAAGCCCAACAUUGAGGAUGUGAAAGAGUUUGCGGAACAACAGCGUAUGCGGAAACAAAUUGCGGCUGAAUUUGGUGAUGACGGUGACUAUGAUGCUGGAAUCAUGGAUGACGAUACCAUACAUAAUGACGACGAUGAUGACGACAUGGCUACAACCACAAUGCCUUCUCCUCAACAGCCCCAACAACAGAAGUCCACUUCCACUUGUUCAUCAACGGCGGUUCAAACAUCAUCGACACAACAACAACAAACUGAAGAUCCUCCUGGCACAACUACAAUUAUAGUUAAAAACGAAGGCCCAGAUAAGCCACCUACCAUUGUGGUAAAGGACAGUUCAAAUUCAAAAAUGAAUCACGCCAAGAUCAUAUCCGAAGUUUUGCGACAGUAUCCGCACCUUGUAAACAGCAAUAAAAAUAUAAAGUUAAAAAUUAUGCCGAAUGCUGGAAGUCAAAGCCAAAAGGUAAUUGUAAAAAAAGAAUCUGCUGCCGAUUCUGAAAGCUCGAGUGCUGCCGUGACGCCUCCUACUAAGAUAACAAUAGGAUCAAAAGCAGAACCAAAAGCAGCGUCAGUAGUCACAAUUAAGCCCAAACAGCAAACAGCAAAUACAACAAACGUCAGUUCGUCUGUAGACCAGACUACAAAUAAAAUGGCAGAUUCUACUACCGGAUCUAGCGCAGCUGCAGCUCCGACUACAGUACCAACUCAGAAACGUCGCAUCGACAGCAAAACAAUGCAUGCCCUAAUUGCCUUAGGAGCUGAAAAUACCACUGGACCAUGGUUAUGCUUGAGAUGCGGACGCAAUGGCCACCCCAUUAGCAUACCAUCUUAUCGCGGUUUCAGGCGUCAUCUUAUCAAUACUCACAAGGAAACAAUAGAUCCUGCCCUCUGUGAGCACUGUGGCUGGCGGUCGUCCAGCAAACGCGAGCUACAUUUCCACAUGCAGUUGGAACAUAAAAUUCGAACUAACCUCUAUAUAUUCCCUGAGUGUCAGCUAUGUCAACAAAUGUGCAUAGACAGUGACGCUUUGAACCAGCAUCUGAUCGAUAGUCAUCCUGACGAGAAUAAGCAACAGUGCAUUUAUUGCAAUAAGAUCUUUCCCCAGGAACUGCAAUUGUACACGCACAUGAAAACUUUCCAUAAAAAACAAGCUUUGGAGGAUGGAAUAAUAGACUAUUCCGACGAUGAAAACACCAAUGCUCAGCCCGUUUUCCCUCCACCAAACGAGGAUGAGGAGAUGUUAAUGGAAGAGGACAUUGAUGGACAGCAACAGUCCGAAAAGAAGGUAAAAAUACUAUCGGACAUAAGCUUGCCCAUUGCAAGUUCCAUAAUAAAGACGGAUAGUUUUGCUUCGGAAACGGUAACCGCAGGUGAGUCGACGACAUCAGCAGCAUCUGAAGAAUAUUUGCAAGAACAUGGUGGAGAACACAUGGAAACUAAAUUUGUUGCCGCUGAUGGUAGUGAAGUAAUACUUACGGAUGAGCAACGUAAGGAGAUUUUGUCACAGUUAAAUCAGGAACACGAUGGAUCGGGUGUUGUAAUGGUUCUAAAUGAAAACCAGCAGAUAACUGGCGGCGAAACUCAAUCUGAACAGGGUGCCAUAAGCCAUGAUGAAACUUCUCAGGCAACAACAGCUACCACAAAUGAUGAUCCGGAUCACGACGACAGUCAAAUUUACGGUGAACUUAAAUCUCAAACUUCUGAAGCAGCACAAGAAGAGGAGGAAGAGGACACGGGCAGUCAAGCCCCGGAGGAUAUGCAUGAAGCAGAAGAGCAACCACAAACUAAAGCUGACAACGUACAUCACGAACAACAUUUGGAUGAAAGCAAAGAAUCAAUUGACAACUUGGAAUGGGCGGAGAAUUUAAUAUCUGAGCAUGAAAUGGCCGAUCAUACUUCGCCUAGCCCCAAACCGGAGAUUAGCACUACCACUUCAGAGGAGCCAUUGCAGAAAGAAGAACAGAAAUCGAAACCGAACGUUGAUACUGAAGAUGAUAUUAGUAAGAAACUCAAAGAGCUCGCCGGAGAAUGGUCAGAAGAUGAAGAAUUAGACGAAGACAUGGAAGAAAAACGCACAGAAGAGAAAAUGGAAGAAGAAUGUCUAGACGAGGAUGUGAGUAAGGCGAUCGAUGAAGUAACCACCGAAGCAGCUCUUGCAGAGGAGGAGAAACAGUUCGUAGAAGAAACCACUGAAGCUCCAAAAGCUGAAAAUAGUGAAAAUGAAAAAGAAGCCAAAACAUCCGAAGACAUUCAGGAGGAACAAGAAGAAAUGAAAGAGGAAGUAGAACACAAAAAAGGGAAUGAUGAAGUUGCUAUGGAGGAAGAUGAUGUUGAUCUUGCUCUGAAAAACCUUCACAAAGAAGGGGAUGAUGAUAAUGAUGAAAAAGCAGAAGAUGACGGAAAAAAUGAAACCCCUGAAAAGAUAGUUGACCCGAAAAACGAGGAAGAAGAGACGUUAGAAGGUAUUGCAGAACCCGAUAAAGUUAACGAAAUCCAAAAGGAAACUGCUGAUGAUUUAUUGAAAAAUGAAGCGAUACUCACAGAAGAGGAAAAGGUAGCACCUACUGCGACAAAUGAUGAACUAAAAGAAGCUGAUAAUGAAUCUGGGGCUCCAGUAACUUUACCCGAUGACGCUGUCCUCGAACAAGACGAAGAGCAUAAAGACAGUGUUGAAGUGAAAGAGGAAAAGGAAACUGCGGAAUGUACUAAGGAUGAUACAAGCAACAAAACAGUUGAAGAUGAACCAACUGUAGAAGACGAAUUUUUAGCGAUUUCCCCCGAAAAAACCAAACCCGGCACCGAUGAUGUGUCUGCUGCAAAUGCAGACUCGGACAAGGAAGUAGAUACUCAGUCCACAGCUACAGCCAUAGAUCCAAAUCCCAUAUCUUCGGAGGAGCGUGUCAAAAGUCUUAUAAGCGAAUGGGGCGAUGACGACGACGAGGAAGAUCCCGACACAAACUUAGCCACAGCCAACCUAUAAGCACUAGAUCUCUAGUUACUUUGUAAGUAAACUAUUUGAUCUGAAUUUAUAAUAUCAUUUCCAGCACGAGGAAAUAUGCAUGAUUUUCCCUUUUUAUAUAAUGAAGGAAAAUCUGUCCCAUACACAGUUGAAUGCGUCGUUCUCUACAUGCAGUACAUUCAAUUGAUAAUACGAGAAUAUUCUGUUUUGGACGCCUGUUCUUCUUUAAUUAAUGGACCCAAUUAAUUCAAAUACAAUUCUAAUUUCGUUUAUCCAUCAUUGGCAAUAUUUUUAAUUUAUAUUAAGUAUGAAGUAUCCAUAAGACACUUGAAUAUGUGAAAAUCAUAUUAUUUGAAUUGAUUUGUAUGUAGCAAAAGAUGAAAUCUUUGUUAAACGUAUUUCUCUCUAAUAAAUAUUUUUAACAAAACCGAA